CACAUCAGGCUUUUGGUGGGAAUAUGAGUUCGCUUCCACACACAUUUAGCUUAAAAUUAACGGCAUUCAUAUGUUUUUUCUGUUACUUACUGUAAUUCCUAAGUAAGCGGCUAUGUGUCAAGUACAUAACAGUUUCAAAAGUUCAUGCGUAACAGCCCUUGAGAUUUGUUAAAAUCACCUGGCUAAUCAGGGAAAGUAAACUCUGCCUAUUGUUUGCUAGCAUGCUAACACGUUAGCCAAUAGUGUGUCUGACGCUGACUAGUAACAGUGAAUUUACUCCACUUUUCGAAGCUAAAUUUACUGUCACUGAACAGACUCUGUUUUAUUUUUUGUGUUAACCGGCUAGGGUAGCGCUUACUGCCAAGGCAAGUGCUCGGUUAGGUUAUUUUCUGUCACACUGGCUGAUUAAUCCGUCUUUUACCUGUCGAGAAAUCAACAACAUGCCGGAAAUCAAACUCAAGCACGUCGUAUCAUGCAGCACCGAGGACACUACCCACAAGGCAGACAACCUGCUGAGCUCUGACACCUACAGAAAGUGGAAAGCAGCGAGACCCGGGGAGAAACAGACGUCAGUCAUUCUGCAGUUCGAGAAGGAGGAGCAGGUGCACAGCAUUGAUAUAGGAAAUGAAGGGUCAGCCUUCAUCGAGGUGUUGGUGGGGAAUUCUUCAGCUGUCAGAGAUCAGGACUAUGAGGUUCUUUUGGUUACGUCUUCCUUCAUGUCCCCCACGGAGAGCCGUAAUGGCACGAACACAAGCCGGGUGCGUUUCUUUGGGCCCAACCAGCUGCAGAAGAGCACAGCACAGGAGAAGUGGGACAGAGUGAAAAUUGUGUGUAGCCAGCCAUACAGCAAGAACAUAGCAUACGGACUGGCCUUUGUUAAGUUUCAUUCACCGCCUGACAAAAAUGAUCCUCCUCCAACAACCUCCCCGAAACUGACAAAGCUGGGACAGUUCAGGGUGAAGGAUGAGUCUCCUUCAUCUGGGUCCAGCCUUCAGCCCGGCAGUCUCUUCUUCAGUCGGGACAAUGCAGCAAAGUCCAGCACUUCACUCAAAGUGUCUCCUCAGAGUCAGAAGUUGAGCUACGCUGCUGCUGCCCUGCAGGCUGGUGGCAGCUCCCAGUCGUCAGGCCAGGCUUCCUCCUCCAGCUCUGCCUCACCUCAGCCACCAGCAAAAAGAAAAUUUGAGUUCAGCAAAGAACGGCAGUCUGCCCCUGGCCCUCCACCCUCGAAGAAAAUGAGCCCAGCUGGUUCACCUGAGGGCAAAGCUGCGACCCCCAAACACAAGCCGAGCCCAGCCAGCACGCCAAGCCCCAGCACCGCCAAAGCUUCCCCGGCACAGAAGUCUGCUGAGAAGAAACGGGAGAGCCAACCCAAAGCCGAACCUAAGCCCAAACCACAGAAAGCUAAAUCCCAGACCGUGCAGUCGGUCCCAUUCAACCGGAUCAUGGAGGGGGUGGUGUUUGUCCUCAGCGGCUUCCAAAACCCCUUCAGAGGGGAGCUGAGGGAAAAGGCUCUGGACAUGGGAGCCAAAUACCGACCUGACUGGACACCCGACUCCACACACCUCAUCUGUGCCUUUGCUAACACCCCCAAGUACAGCCAGGUGAAAUCAGCAGGGGGCAUUAUCGUGCGCAAGGAAUGGGUGAUUGACUGUCAUAAGAGGAAACAGAAGAUCUCCCAUAAACGUUAUUUAAUGGAUGGUGCAGAGUCGAGCUCGGAGAGCGAAAUGGAAGUGGACGACGAGAGUGAAGAGGAAAUUAACGCAAAGACUCCACAGAAGCAGGAGAGACAAGUAACCCCAAGAAAGACACCCGAAAAGAGGGAUGAAGAUGAUGAGUAUGCUGGCUCCACUGAUGUGGAUGAACCAGGAGGUGAUGAUGAUGAAUCUGCCGUGGACACGGAGGACGAGCUGCAGAGGGUGGAGAACGAGAGCAGACAGAAGAAGGCGGGAGCAGGAGGGAAGGUGGUGAAAGAGGAGGAUCCAUACGGGGGGUCGACGGAUGAAAACACAGACGCCGAGGCUGAGCAGGACCAUCCCAUCCCUGAGCUUCCAGACUUCCUGAGCGGAAAGCACUUUUUCCUCUACGGCAAAUUCCCGAACAACGAGAGGCGCCUACUGCUGCGAUACAUCGUCGCCUUUAACGGAGCGAUUGAGGACUACAUGACCGAGAAGGUGCAGUUCGUGGUGACCAGUGAAGGUUGGCACGACUCCUUCGAGGAGGCGCUGAUGGAGAACAGCAACCUGAACUUCGUCAAACCGGCGUGGAUUUACGCGAUCAAUGAACGACAAAAGAUGCUGCCCUAUCAACCCUACACCGUGGUCCCCUGAACAGUACGCCGCAUGUACACACAAGGGUGUGCGCAGAUACACUCAUAAGAACACUUCAUACACUGACCAAGAAGCACUGGGGAAAGCCAUACACACAUGUUCUUUCUUUUUAAGACUCACUUCACUACAAAAGCAAUAAACCGAUGAUAGUUCAUUAAUGCCUUUACACUGAUUUUAUACUUGCUAUUCAUGAUGUUUUUCACCGCAGACGUUCUCACCUUUUGGCCAAGCUGGUAAAAAAAUAUCUUUGUGAAUGAUGUCUGUCGAGGUUAAUGUUAGCGGUAGGGUUAGACCUAUUAUUAGCCCUUUGUUUGAAGUUUAUUAGUUCUCGCUUGGCCAGAAAGUUACAUCUUCAUCGUCGGUGGGCCGCUCAGUCACUUUGGCUUCAGGAGCUAAGCGGACUCUCUCUGAUUCAGGACUUGUUUGAAUCUCUCGGCUCCUGCCGCAGUUCGCUGCCGCUCACCUCGGCUACCUCAGGCUCUGUCUGGAAAUGAGUUAUCACCCUGUCCUUACUGCCAGCGGCACCGAUGAGACUCUGACUUUUACAAGACCAGCCCAAAGUCAGGUGAAGAGCGCCCGUUAUUCAAGGCUGCAGCCACCAAAUGCAAAAACCCGGACUCCUCAGUUCUUGACGUGAAAAUGAAAACUGGAGGGCUGAGUUUGUUUUUCUCCUUUUUUAUACUCUGAAAUACCAGGAGAGGUUAAGCGAUGGAUUUCUGUGUUUUGUUAAAGUUUGUGAUUUGGUUUUAUUCAUGUUGGGGAUUUAAUAUUAGAAGAGAAGGGCUGGCUCGACGGAUGCGAGGACUUCAAAUGGGCUUCGGUGCUUUGCGUCGCCGAAGAUUUCCAAAAUGCUUCCUCAGACACGAGACGACGUGGGGCUUACUGUCAGAAAGCAGCUCGUCAAGUCUCUGUCUUAAUGCUUCUCUUCCUUAUAGUCCUUAAUUAUUUUUUUUCUAAAUAAAAAAUAGAUUUCUAAUUAAAGUUAUUGUUUUUUCUGUUUCUUCACCAAGCUGUCUUUGCACUCAGCUGCCCCUCGCUAUGCUUUCCCUCCUUGCGUUUGCGCUCUCUUCCUUUUCAUUCCUUCCCUCAUCUCGAGCCCUCUCUCCUCCUUAAUUUACUUCUCGUCCUGCCUUUCGCCCAGGAGCCACCGGGUCUCCUGCUCUCCA